AUGAUGGCGGCAACUCAGUCGCUACUUUCUGGCUGCAAACGGCUGCUGGCCGGUUUCUUAUGGAGCGGCUGGGCCAAGGCUCCGUCCCGCGGGCUUCGGCAGGUCAUAGAAAUUACUGAAGGGAACACUACUAUUAUUGAAGGCAAAAUUCUAGAAGAUGUGGAAGCCCCAGCUCCUCCAAAUCCUUCUGGUCAAUGUCCAAUUUGUCGCUGGAACCUGAAGCACAAAUACUCAUAUGAGGAUGUCUUACUGCUAAGUCAAUUCAUACGGAGUGAUGGAUGUAUGCUGCCCCGGAGGAUCACAGGCCUUUGUGCGAUAGAGCAGAAGAAAGUUGCUAUAUGUGUGCAAAUGGCUCAUCGAGCAGGUUUGCUGCCAAAUCAUAAGCCUCCACUUCCAGAAGGAUUUGUUCCUAAAAACAAACCCAAAUUCAACAGGUAUCUCACCCGGUAUUCUAUCACCUCUGUAAAACCCAUCUGGAACAAAGGAGCCAAGUGGUGCAAAGUCCCCAUGCCUAUAUCACACCCCAUACUCAAAGAUAACGCUUAUUACGGAUCCAGGCCUCCUCGUUUUAACCACUAAGGUGAAGUGAAGAUUGUUUUAUCAGUGGAUCAUAACUGUUUGGGCUGCCUUUC